AUGGAACAAUAUUCUUAUGAAAUACUGUCAACUUAUGGAGAAGGCACUUUCGGCGUUGUGUACAAAGCGAGACAAAAGCCAUCAAAAAAAUUAGUAGCAAUAAAAAAAAGUAUCGAAGUUAGAUACGAAAGACCAGUUCAUGAAAGAGUUGAAAACGAGUGUCGUGUUUUGGAUAUAUUAAAACAUGAAAAUAUUAUAUCCCUUAUUCCUUGUGACGAAACUUCACGACGUUUAUCGCCAACAUUAUCCCGUUUUAAUGUACAACUAGGCAUAAAUUCUCUAAUAUUUCCAUUCUGUCCCUUUACUUUAAGAACAUUACUUGAUGAAUACACGCUAUCUUUAUCGGAAAUUAAAUCGUGUAUUUGGAUGAUACUAAAUGGAGUUACACAUAUACAUGAAUGUAAAGUAAUACAUCGAGACUUAUCACCAAAGAAUAUUUUAAUAAGUGAUUCUGGAGUAAUUAAAAUCGGUGAUUUUGAUGAUGCAUGGAUAGAAUCAAAUAGUAACAAUGAAAAAAGGGGAGAAAUGAGAUUCGAAAUAGGAACAAGGAUUUAUCGCGCGCCAGAACUCCUUUUUUCUUCUGGCAAUUAUUCAUAUGCAGUUGAUUUAUGGUCCCUUGGAUGCAUAUUUGCUGAAUUUUUUACCGAAAAUGUGGGAUAUCCACUGUUUGAUGGUGGAAGCGAUAUUGAACAAUUGUGUAAAAUAUUUCGAAUAUUAGGUGUGGUUAAUGAAUUGAAUUGGCCGGAAGUUAUUGAAUUUCCUGAUUACGGAAAGUUUAAGUUUGUUGAAAGUGAUUCUGUUGGAUUGACAAUAAAACAUUUGCCUCAUGCAAAUAAAGAAAUUAUAGAUUUUAUUGCGAAAUUUUUAAGAUAUCCUAUGAAUGGGAGAAUGAUAGCACAAGAAGCAUUACAGGAUCCUCUUUUUAAAUCAGAUGAUUUUUCAAAAUUUUAUAUUAAUAUUUCUUCCUUACAGAAAAAAAAAUAA